AUGUCUUCAUACGCCAUCAUCGGAGGUUCUCGUGGGAUAGGCCUGGAGCUAGUGCGCCAACUGGACAGUUAUUGUCAAGAGAAUGGCGCGGGGGACCGCGAGCUCGCCUGGAAGGCGCACAUCACAACUUUUGCAGCGUAUGGCAUGACGAAGACUGCGGCGAACACGGUUAUGACCAAGUACGCUGCGCUGCUAGAGAGCGAGGAGUUCGCUGUGUUUGCCCUAAGUCCCGGUUAUGUGGGCACGACGGACACUGCCGUCCAGCCGGACGAGACAGGGAACGCUGCACUGGAUGAUAUGCUGGAGAAUAUGUGUAACCUCUACCCCGCAGGAGGAUCACUCUAA